AAGUAAGAGGGAGAAAAGAAGAGCAUAUAGAAAGUAAUUUGAAAAAUUCUAAGACAGAAAUAGGUCGAAGGAUUUCGAAGAUGAUUUGGCCUUGUAAAAGUGAUCGAUAAUAGGUGGUAGUAGGUUGAGGUAGUAAGUUGAGGAGAGGAGCGUCGUGUAAAGGGCCGAUAUCCGUGCCACUUGGGAUCCCCUGUUUCCUACGUUUCCUACUCUUACACAUUUACACAAGUGUUAGCAGCAGUUUUGCUUCGUCGUCGUUGUUCGUAGGAAAAGCACGCAGUCGCAAAGUGAACGCGCAUCACAUCGUGUUCGUGAUCACCAGAGACAAACCCAGGAGUUCGAUUUUGACAUUGUAUCAUCUUAACACGUAUAAUAUGGUAACUAUGAGCUCCGAAAAAUCGGCAUCCCGCCGAAAACCAAUAGAAAAUAACGAUACGAGAGAAUCUUCCGAUCAAAUUGGAGAAAGGGAAGAUAAUAAUCGUACCGAGGAGGAGAAUGUUGAAAAACAUAAUACACCCACGCAUCGUGUCACUGCCUGUUGCGCUGAAGAUACACCAAAUUAUCUCGUCUAUAAAAAGAUGGAAUCAUUGGUUGAAAAAAUGUUAAACGAAUCUACAGGUGUUCCUGUAAAAACAGUUAAAAGUUUUAUGACCAAAACUCCAUCCGUUUUUACAGGUACCGAUUUGAUAUCGUGGAUGAUGAAAACUAUGGAUAUUGAUGAUCAAGAAUCUCUUCACGUGGCACAUCUCAUGGCAUGUCAUGGUUAUUUUUUCCCCAUUGACGAUCAUUGUCUUACCGUUAAAAAUGACAACACAUUUUAUAGAUUUCAAACGCCUUAUUUUUGGCCAUCUAAUUCUUGGGAACCAGAAAAUACCGAUUACGCCGUUUAUUUAUGCAAAAGAACGAUGCAGAAUAAAACUCGUCUUGAAUUGGCUGAUUACGAGGCCGAGAAUUUAGCUAGGUUGCAAAAAAUAUUUUCACGAAAGUGGGAGUUCAUUUUUAUGCAAGCGGAAGCACAAAGCAAAGUCGAUAAAAAGAGGGAUAAAUUGGAAAGGAAAGUGUUGGAUAGUCAGGAAAGGGCAUUCUGGGAUGUACAUCGGCCGAUGCCUGGUUGUGUAAAUACAACGGAACUCGAUAUCAAAAAAGAAUGCCGCAGUCAAAAACCAAACUUCAGAUCGAGCAAAUAUUUGAAACAUGGUGAAAAGGCUUCUCCUCAUUCGGAAUCUUAUUUAGCAGCUUCGAUAGAAUCUUUGCAAAAGGAGAUUGACAUGUUGAAAGAUAGAUUGGAUAGAAGAAACAUCAAAGUAUCCAAAGUUGCGGAAGCUCUUAUAGGAUAUUUCGAACAGUAUGCCGAGUAUGAUCCAUUUUUUACACAACCUGAGUUUACCAAUCCAUGGGUAUCGGAUAGUUCGGAAAUGUGGGAACAAGAAAAAAUAGCGAAAGAAGUGUCUACGAGAAGAGUCAAAAGAUGGGCGUUUGGUCUUCAAGAAUUGUUACAAGAUCCUAUUGGUAGAGAACAAUUUAUACGAUUUUUGGAAAAAGAAUUCAGCAGUGAAAAUCUCAAAUUUUGGGAAACCGUACAGGAAUUGAAAACUUUCCCGCAGAAAGAUGUUAACGUUAAGGCUGGAGAAAUUUGGAACGAAUUUUUAUGCCCAGAUGCGAGCUGUCCAAUCAACGUCGAUUCCAGAUCCUUCGAAAUAACAAAAAGAAAUCUUGAAAAACCUGAUCGUUGGUGUUUCGACAUAGCUGCGGCACACGUUUAUCAUUUAAUGAAAAGCGAUAGUUAUUCGAGAUAUCUUCGUUCCGAGAUGUACAAAGAUUUCCUCAACGGUUCGAAGAAGAAGACAUCGGUAAAGGGUAUUCGAUCAAUCGUAUCUUUCACCGGUCGCAGAGAUACGACAGUCUCGUAAUCAAUCAUUCAAUGAUCUUUGAAAAAUAUCGUAUCAUAUAGAAAAUUGAAAAGAAGAAAGAAAAAAAAAA